CCAUCAUGAAUCAUGAUUGUUGUUUUAGGUUUUCUGUAGAAUAAUCAUUUACAAAAUUUAUUAUAUUCAUAUAUUAUUUUUACUGAUUGAUACCUACCUUGAAUCCUCAAAUGACUGAGCGAUCCGCAGAAGCCCCUGUCUAGCUGGUGACAGAAUGCCCACCUACCUAACUCCCAACAGACAUGGCUACUCCGUACGCUUCUCACCAUUCCAGCCAGAGAAGCUUGUAUGUGCCACCAGCCAGUAUUUUGGACUAGCAGGAGGAGGCACUCUAUUUGUACUAGAAGUAACUCCUGAUGGUUCACUAGUUGAGCUGUCCACUUCACAAUGGCCGGACGGCUUGUUUGACGUUGUCUGGAGCGAGACUGACCCCAACAUUGUUGUGACGGCCAGUGGAGACGGAGUUCUGCAGCUAUGGAACAUAUCCUGUCCUCAGCUUCCCCCUCAGACGCUGAGAGAACACAAGAAGGAAGUAUACAGUGUCGACUGGAGUCAAACAAGACAAGAACAGUUUGUGUUGUCUGCGUCUUGGGAUUGUAGUGUCAAGUUGUGGGACCCAAACCGUGCAAUCUCCCUAGCCACAUUCCUAGGACACUCACAGCUAGUAUAUAACGCCAUGUGGUCUCCCCAUGUACCUUCAUGUUUUUCAUCAGUAUCAGGUGACGGAACACUGAGGAUAUGGAACUCUCUGGUUCCUCAAAGAGCCACCAUGACACUGAAGGCACACGACGCUGAGGUACUGACCUGCAGCUGGUGCAAGUAUGAUCAGAACAUACUAGCUACAGGUGGCAGUGACGGACUCAUCAGAGGCUGGGACAUGCGGAGUCUGGUCACUCCGGUGUUUGAACAGAAGGGCUGUGAGUAUGCUGUGAGAAGGAUACAGUUUUCACCUCAUCAUCUGUCUGUGUUAGCGUCUGUAUCAUAUGAUUUUACCACUAGGAUAUGGGACUUCAAAGCUUCGUCGGAAGCGAUAGAAACAAUCCGACACCACUCUGAGUUUGUGUAUGGGCUGGACUUUAACCAACAUGUGCAGGGUCAGAUAGCUGAUUGUGGCUGGGACUCGUUGAUCCACGUGUUUAGGCCAAGAAGUUUAGCAGGGCUGUUACACUGAGUAACUGUUCUAACCAAAAUGUUACAUCUUAUGAAUGUAGGCUACUUUUACUACAGUGUAAAUUAUUUUUAAAAGUACAUUCCUUUUCGGCCAAAAUCUGUGUAGUGACAGAGAGUAAGGUAUUUAGCAGGUCUAUAACAUCUGAAGCUAGCGGAGAUUAUUUGAUUAGAUGAUAGUGUUGGCUUGUCUCUUGCUGAAAACUUCUGGUACAGUGAUCUUCUGUGUCCUGUACCAACGUUUUGAAUUCCACCGGUAUAUUAUAUAUUGGACAGUAACACAACCAAACUUACAAUUAUAAAAACUCCAACCAACCAAAAUAAAGGGCGUGAGGCUGAAUUAAACAAUAUAUUUAUUUUUAUUAGCUAAUAAAUGAUUUUAAUUAAAAGGCUGUUUCAGUUCUAUGAGGUAAUAAGAGGUUUCUCAGUAGUAUUUUUAGUUAUUUAUUAAUCUUAUAAUCUAGCCUACAACAGGAAAUCUAUUUCCUAAAAUAAUCAACAAUUGUUUUCUGAACUGAUCUUUUUCUUGGUAUGAGAUCUAUGUCGUCUACUCCAUUUUACAUUCUGUUUUAAUAUAGUGUAUUAAUUAUUUCAAUUAAAUCAUUCGAAUUUGUAAGAAAAGUAUAAUAACGUG